GCUGUAGGGCCUCAGAGAGCAGAUAGCCUACGUGUGUCGCGAGAUGACGCGCGGCCUCGAGUUCCUACACUCGCGGCGCGUCAUCCACCGCGACCUGAAGGCCGGCAACGUGCUCGCCACCAUGCAGGGCGGCGUCAAGCUGGCGGAUUUCGGCGUCUCGGCGAAGAAUAAGUCCACACUGCAAAAGCACGACACCUUUAUCGGUACGCCGUACUGGAUGGCGCCCGAAGUGGUGCUCUGUGAGACGUUCCGGGACAACCCUUACGAUUUCAAGGUGGACAUAUGGUCGCUAGGCAUCACCCUGAUCGAGUUCGCGCAGAUGGAGCCACCAAACCACGAGAUGACGCCGAUGCGCGUCCUGCUCAAAAUACAGAAAAGCGAGCCCCCCACGCUGGAGCAGCCCAGCAAGUGGAGCCACGCCUUCAACGAUUUCAUCGCUAAAGCACUAGUCAAGGACCCUGAAAAGAGGCCAACCUCCAGCGAGCUGCUCAAGCAUGAGUUUGUCUCCGGCAACCUGGACUCUAAGCCUCUCCGGGACCUGCUACUCGAGUACCGGGCUGAGGUGGUCGAGGAGGAGCUGCUGGAUGACGAUUCUGAGGAACAUCGCAGCUCUCAGAUGCAUAUGGAGAUGGAAGAUGACUCGACCUCGGUGCGGUCGGCGGAAACGCCGGACGUCAAAAUGUCCGAGCAAGAGCCGACGGCCGGCGCGACGCCCGUCCCCGCCGCCGCGCCCGCGCCGCCCUCCCCCCGCGCCGCCGCGCCCGCUCCCCCCGCGCCCGCGCCGCCCGCCGCCGCCGCCAAGCGGCCCCACACCGACGACCACGUGCCCGCUGACAGGAAACCUGCCCCAAAGAAGGAAAAAGGCCCCGCGCCUUUACCGCCGGGCGCGUCCCCGCCCGCCUCCCCCGCGCCCGCCGCUACCACCCCCGCUACCACCGCCCCCGCCGCGCCCCGCAAGCCCCCCGCGCCGCCGCCGCCGCAGCGCGCCGCCGGCGAGCUGCUAGUCGAUCAGGUGUGUCGAGAAGCGGAGAAAGUGGUAGAAGAAAAACACAAAACACCAGAGAAAAAAGACACAAAAGACAAACCGAAGCCCGAGCCGAGCCCAGAGAAAGAACCACCCAGAACAGAACAGCAGAAUUCCAUAGAAAAAGACGUUAGAGUUAAGAGCAGACCCAGUUCCAUAGUCAGCAAUUCCAGCACAGAAGGAAAGAAGUACAUCAGGACAGAUUCCAGCGAAGGGAAGAAGUAUUCUAGAACGAAUUCAGUAGAGAAGGCGGUUGUAGAGAUUGAGAAUAGAACUAGGGAAGAGAGAGGAGAGAAGAGCAGAGAACGGCAGAGGGAAGAGAGUAAGAGUAUAGAGACGAAUGCUGUUGAAAUUAGGCCCGUUACGCCACCACAACCCAAAGAGCCGGUCCACAAGCCUGUGGCGCCGCCGGUCCCCGCCGUCGCCCAGCAGGUGGUGACGGUGGCCACGCCGGUGCUGGUGGCCGUGAGCGAGCGCGUGUCGCUGGUGGUGGAGCCGGUGGAGCCCAACUCGCUGGCCGCCACGCCCGCCGGCCUCGUCACCGUCACCACCACGCACCCGCCCGUGCUGGCCGCCAACGCUCCCCUCCCGCCCAACGCGGUAACGAUCUCGACGACGCCGCCCAUCGCCGACGAGGUCGUAAUCGUGGGCGCCGGCUCGUCGUCCGACGACGACUGCUUCGCUCCCUCGUCGCUCGACUCGCUCGACUGCACCAACUCUUAUACAGAGAAAACUCGAGGCCGCCGGUUGGACAGCAGCGAGGUGCUGAUACUGAGCCCCGGCGCCGCCGGCGACUCGGGCGUCUUCGACGACAGCGUCAACAAUGUCAAUAUCAACGAUACAUCGCAUGUGUCGGUGGUGACGGUGGGCAGCGAGGAGCCGCGCGUGCGCGACUCGGCCGCGCCCGUGUCGCGCGUGGCGCGCCUCAGCCCCGACAGUUUCGAGAGCAGGAGAUCGCAGUCGGACAGCGGGUCGGUGGCGUCAGAAGGGUCCCGACGAGGCGCCGACGCGGACUCGCUCGCCACCUCGCACUCGCACGACUCGCGCCGAUACUCCAACCCCAACAACGGCAUCAUAGUGAACCAAGACAGCCAAGUCCUAGAGAAUGGCAACCAAGAAGAACAUGUGGUGCUCCGGAGAAAGAACCAGGAUGGACAGCCCAACAACAGGAUACAAAGGUCGAAAGAAGACAUCCACAUGGCUAACCUCAAGAAGAAGACGAGGAAACGCACGAGAAAGUUCGAGAUAGAUGGCGUGAUGGUCACCACCACCACUUCCAAAGUCAUAUGGGGCGACGAGGAAAGCGGGCGCACCUGGGACGACCACGCGCUUCGCAAGCAGGAGCUGCGCGAGAUCAAGAUGCUGCAGAAGCAGGAGCAGAAACAGUUCCAGGACCUCAGCGCCAAGGAGCAGCAGCUGCGCGAGCAGCAGGACAAGCGAUUCGAAGCGGAGCUGGCGUCACUAGCUCGAGCGCACGAGACAGACCUCGAGACGCUCGCGCGAGCGCAGCGCGCCGCCGCCGAGCGCGCCGAGCAGCAGCUCGAGGCCGAGCUCCGCCAGGCCGCCAAGAGGCUGCGGGCCGAGCACGAGCGGGACCUCCGCCACUUCCGGGACCAGCUCAAACAGGAGCUGCGGCUGCUCAAACAGGAAGUGGAGCUAGUAUCAAAGGACCGUCGUAAAGACGCGUACAGACAGCGGCGCGCGCGGCUCGACGCCGAGCACGCGGAGCGCGAGCGCUCGUUCGUGGCUUCGCUCGCGGAGGCCGGCGACGCGCUGCUGCGGCGCAUGCACGAGCACCACCGCGAGCGGCAGGCGCUCACAGACACGCAGUACCUGCAGCAGCGGCAACAGAUAAUGCGAACCCGCGAAGCCGCCCUGUGGGAGUUGGAGGAGAAACAGAUCCACGAGCGACACCAGCUGGCCAAGCGACAGCUCAAGGAGGAGUUCCUGCUGCGGCGACACCAGAUGCUAGUCCGACACGACAAGGAACUCGAACAGAUCAAGAGGUAG